UUGGCUCGUAUUCACGCUCUUCCGCUCAUUUCCAACCAGGUGCCUGCCGACAGACCUCAGAGAGAGAGAGAGGAAGAGUGUGUCGCAGGGAAAAAAAUAACACUUUUUACGACUCCUGCAAGCUGACUGCGGAACAUUGCUUUCACCUUUGUGGAUUUCUUUACGUGUGUGCAUCUUACAUGUAUUUUUUCUGUGUAUUGCCUGCUGCAGGUCUGAAAGAGACUUGUAUCCGGACUUGAACGAAGGCGCAUCAGUGUUUUAACUCUGGAAGAAGCAACACGGCCGCUGGAUUUUUAUUUUAUUCUCUUUUAUUUUUGCUCUUUUCCACACUCAGAACAUCCCAGACGGGGCAUGACUGGUAUCUGGCAUCGACACAGGUGAAUAGUUUCCCUUGCUUGCGAUAAGAACUUUUCCUCGUCAUUAACAUUGGGGAUAAAAAGUACACUUUUUAAAGAUGUCAAAGCCUGCUGACCACAUCAAGAGACCCAUGAACGCGUUCAUGGUUUGGUCCCGGGGCCAGAGGAGAAAAAUGGCCCAGGAGAACCCCAAAAUGCACAACUCUGAGAUCAGCAAGAGACUGGGCGCCGAGUGGAAGCUGCUGUCCGAGUCCGAGAAGAGACCGUACAUCGACGAGGCUAAGCGGCUGCGCGCCCAGCACAUGAAGGAGCACCCCGACUACAAGUACCGGCCCCGGCGCAAGCCCAAGAACCUGCUGAAGAAGGACAGGUACGUUUUCCCGCUGCCUUACCUCGGGGACACCGAUCACUUGAAGGGACUCCCGAUGUCCGCCGAGUCCCUGUUGUGCCACGAGAAAGCCCGAGCCUUCCUGCCGCCGACCUCCCCGUACUCCUUCCUUGACCCCAGCCAGUUCACCUCCAGCGCCCUCCAGAAGAUGACGGAGAUGCCCCACGGGCUGAGCGCUAGCUCUUUGCCGUACGCUUCCUCUUUGGGAUACCAGAACGGCGCGUUCGGCACCCUUGGGUGUCCCAGCCAGCACACCCACACCCACCCAUCGCCCACUAACCCGGGCUACGUGGUCCCGUGUAACUGCACGGCCUGGUCCACGUCCAGUUUACAGCCCCCGGUGGCCUACAUACUUUUUCCAGGUAUGACCAAGACUGGGCUAGAUCCAUAUUCAUCCGCACACGCCACUGCCAUGUAACCCUCAAGACUCUUUAUUUCUUUUCUAUUCACUUGAAUACUGAAAUGCAUGUAAAUAUAUUAUGGACAGCGCGCCCAUUCAAAGGCAUGAACAGUAUUAACUGCCUUGGACUUGUUAUGGCAAAAAAAGAGAAAAAACCUAACUUUUCCAGAAACCGAACAAGUUCCUGAGCUGAGCAGAAGAGCUGCUGCAGAGGACCCUGGGAACUGUAAGAAAUGUAAAUGUUAUAACGUGUAUGGCAACCAGAAAAAGGGAGGCCUUUAACUUUAUUUAUUGUGUACAUUUCAAUGCUGAUAUGCUGAUUUGUGUUGAUUAUUGAUAGGGAACUCUUUUAUUUUGGAAAAUUUGGCUUGCGCAAUUAGCAUUCUUAUUUCCUGUAUAGGCCUAACUAUAGUCUGCGUUUUUGGCACUCGUAAUUUUAUGAUGUUCUGGAUUAUAGGGUCAAAAUCAGGACCUAUAGGCUGGAUUAUAUACGGGUCAUAUUGUUUAUAUUUAUCAAAAACUGGCACAUUAAACUAGACGGUCUAUUUAAGAUGACAAAAAGAAAAAACAUCCAAAUGUUUUAUUUUGCAUUUUUCCUGUGGUUCAGUGCUAAUAUAGUCACUCGCGUCAUUUUUAGUUUUGUCUUCGUUUUUUAAUCAGGAUAACUUCUAUUUGAAUUCAAGGAGUUAAAUGUGUAUUAUCAUCUAAGAUGGUAAUUUAAAACCUGUCAUGUUAUGGAAAAGAUAAUGUAUCUUGAAGGUUGAUACCUCCUGCUCUUUGUUCAAUUGCUGAGCAAAGGCGUUUCGAAAUAAAGACAAUCUGUCUUCAACGCUAUCAAUGUCCUGUAUUUGUAGCUUAUUAUUGGGUACUUGAGAUGACAGAGAUAGUGGAAUGCUGUGUAGGUGCUGCGGGGAAGGAAACUUGGCAAGGCCUCAUUAAAUAUAAUUCAAAUUAGGAACAAAAUAUAAUGUUAUUUUUUAAACGCUUGGAAUAAAAAAAAAUUGAUUUAUCAUAAAAAUACAGUCAGAAAUAAAUAAAACAAUUCCUAGAUUGUUUUUUACAUUUCAAAUGGAAGACCCACCUUGACCCUAACUAAUCAUAGUCUAAAGACAGAACAAUAACAUCAAAAUCAAUUGUCUGUUUUUCUUCUUCUUGUUUCUGUUUAAGCUGUCAGACUCCUUCAGCUUUCUUUGCUCCGUCUGGCUGCAGCUGUGUGUAGAUGAUGGAACAGGUUUGAGGCAGGAAGGUGUUUCUGUGACUCUCAGAUGAACCGACUGUUUGAAGUUUGACGGUUCCGCGGAGGCCUCCCUGAGGGAUCCCGCCCGUCCGACCUGUCUGACUGCUUAAUCACUUCUCUUAAUUAUAGCUUUAACUAAUGGAACAAACUCAAUGAUGGGAUUUUUUCCUUCCCUUUUGUAGCGUGCUGGCUUGCUCCCACCACUAAACUGCGGUUUAAAUGUCUCUGUUUACUGUUUAAAAAAGAAAAAGGUGCUGCAGCCCGCUAAAGCCUUUUAUCCCCAAGUCAUUCACACGAGUUAAAACCUGUUUAAACUUGUGAGUGAUAUCGGUCUGACUCCCAUUAAGACAAUACUGAAUGGAAAAAGCUUACAGUAUGAAUUAUACAAGCAUUUACAGAUUUUAAAUGUAUUUUUCUGUCAAUGCAGAUCAGGAUUUGCGCACCGCGGUGUAUCCUCAUAUUAAACGAAUGUGUAGUAUUAAUUAAAAAUGUCAUUCCACAUCCAAAUUGUUUACUUAUCUGCCAGGAACAUAUGCUGGAGAAGUUCAGAUUCAGGAUUCUGCACUAUUGCCCAAGGUGCAAUUCAAUCCUGGGGAGGAAGAAGGGGGGAGAUAUUUUGAUGACAGACUUAGUCCUUAUCUACGGCUGUAAAUUAGGGUGAUACUUCAUUGAACCGAAUGUGAAGUUUUACAUCAAACCCCUAAAGCAUCCUAAUUCAACUUUGAAAUUAGACAAUUAUAAUUACUUUGAGGAGCAGCAGCAGACCGAUAUAUAUUUUUCCCGCAAAGAAAAUGAGGCGAAUAACCUUGCUCUUGUUUUAAAUCACUUUAUAUUUUCUACAUUUUAAAAGAAAGUUUUGCCGCGUGCACUCAAUACCUGUAAUUAUCCAACUUAGUCACGGAAAUUGACUGUGGUUACUUACAUCGCCCUGGAAUAAAUAACCCUAACGAUAAACGCGCAUGUGAGAGGUAUAAUGGGAGGGAAAUUAUGAUUUGAAAUUAUAGGGAGGCUUUUAAAUCUCUCUUUAACUCUUCCUCCCCCCUUGACGUUUUUAUUGGAGCACAACAGAGGAGAAUUCAAUCUGCCUUAUCUCUCCAGGACUCCUUUCAGCGCCAGAUCAGAGAGAAAGGAGAGGAUAAUUGUUCUUUAUUUGAUUUAAUUCAGGUCAUUUAUAUGCUUCAUUUGGUGAUACAAGUCAACGAGGAGGGGGACAUCACGCGCCCUUUACUUCUCUGCACAACACUUCAAGUCCACAAAAUAUUAAAUAGAUGAAAUAAAAAUAGCGGAAAGAGGAGGAGGAGGGGGGCAGGACAUUUUUAAUUAAAAGCCAUGGGUCAUUUACGUUAUUGUCUUUUCGUUUGACCCUGAAAUCAUCUUCAGUAAAUGGACUUUGAUAAGUAGCUGUUGAGAAUGUGAUUUUGUAUUUAGGCGUACUAAUGUCCUAAAUGAAAAGGAGGAGAAAGUCCCCUCGAGGAGAGGUUGGAGAAAAACACCAUUGAUGAUCCUGAUGAGAGUGUUGGAAGAGAGAUGAUUAUAAGGCACACAGGCGAGCUUAUCAUGCGUUUGUGUCAACGCGAGAUCUGACACAAAUAUAUAUUGAGAAAUUAUUUUGGGGAGGGAUAAAAACUGAUCUAAUUUCAGCAUAUUAAAUAUUGUCUCGGAAAGACCAAAAAUCAUCACUGGCUAAAUCCUUAGUCUAUCUGAAAUUGAAUCUGGGAUAGCAUUCUGACGGGAGGAAAAGUAAAACCGUGCAGUUGUUGUUUGAAGGCGCGGGGGCUUGAAUUUGGGUCCCUGAAUUCUCAUCUGAAAGAAAUGAAAUGGUGAACGAGCUGAUAAAGAAGAGAGGAGCGCGUGAGCUGAGAGAAAAGGAAUCAUGCCACGGUGCGUUUAAUGUGCGCUGCCAGUCGGAAAAGUGAUUUACACCGAGACUUUAUUCCCCUGACACAUAUAAGACAGACUCUGCUUUAUUUAUCGGACACGCACACGCUCACGCAUGCACGCGCGGUCCUCUAUACGGUCAACCCUCUGGAGUUCAUCGCAUGCAGAUAUUAAAGCAAAAAAUACAACAUGCAACACUCAGAGCAGAGCUGUGUGUGCAGCGGACAGAGAGCUAUGUGCAGUCUAAUGAAAAUGACUUUGUUUUAUUUGCUAAUCAAUCGAUUUGUGCACGUGUGCUUCCCUGCACAUGUCCAGGCCUUGAAUCUCCAGUCUGGUGUUUGGUGCCGCUCUCAAACAACACAUGCUAUAGUUCUCUUUUUAAAUUCAUAUCUAUACAGAUCUAAUGCUAAAAUAUUUUAGAAUAUUUUAAUCAUUUUAUUUAUUUGACAAUUAAAUAAGUAUUUGUAAUCAUAUUUUGAUCAUUAUUUAUUUAAUAAAUUAUCUAAGCAACUUUAAGUAAUCGACUUGUUGUAAAAUCUGCAUAUUCAGACAUCAUCAGGCUCUAGCCAUUAUGGAUCAAAUGAAAAAAAAAAAUCAUAAUUUUGAUGUUGUCCCCUUACUCACAUUGUUACAGAAAGCCAAUGGGUUGAAUCAGUUUAUUGUCACUCACUCAUGUCACAUGUUUGGUUCAAUUUGAAGUCACAUGACCCACACAUUGCCAAGAAUCCUGAGCAGAAACAUCCGCACUCUUCUAAACUAACGCCCCAAAUCUCUCUUAUGAACCUUCAGAAUCAAGAUGCUAAAUAUCCCUUUCAGUUAAACCAAAGGACUCAUUUCAAUUGUUUUCAAAGACACAAAGUAAUAAACUUAUCUAGUAAAUGAAAUAAAUGUCUGAAAAAAAACGUUUUAACAGAAUUUUUCUUUUUUUCCCCUUGCGACCCUUCCGAUUUAGGUGCACUCCUUAGGGGUCUCGACCCCCAGUAUGGGAACCACUCUACAUAUCCCAAAUGCCUUAUACAUUUAACGGCAAGGUUAACACAGUAUUCCCAUGCAUCCUGCCUCAAACACAGUACUUAUUUUGAAAUGUUUGGACAUAUUUCAGUCUCAGAAGCUGCUUGUGACUGUUACAUUUCUUCAUGCAUAUGUAUUAUUAUAUUAUGCAUGUCCUGCCUGCUCAGACACCUCCCAUACAUUACAAAUGCCUGUCAUAAUUUACAGUAUGCAUCGGCGUGUGAGACCCACAGUUUGUGUGUGUGUGUUAAUGUGUGUGUGUUAUACUUUUGAGUUAUUGUUCUCUGUCUUUGUUGCUCAUGCACUCUCUGAAUAUCCAUGCAGUAUAAACUUUCCAUACAUCAAAUCCUGCGGACGAAGGAGUUUUGCGUUUGCUGAUUAAUACUCAGGAUUCUUAGGCAUCAAGUUUUAUUUAUUUUGUCAUACAUGCAUCUGCUGCAUUUGUAUGGCACAGAUAAAAAAAAGAAGCUAAAUGCUGGGCAUGGGUAUAUGAGGUGUCAUAAAGUUACUCAGUGAUUCUUCAAACUGACUGAUUGUCUUAGGUGAAUUAUAGAAUUCUUAUUAAAGUCUUGUUGGUGUACAGUAUUUGAUGUGAUAUUAAAAAAAAUUGCAGACCUGCACUUAUUGAUUAACA